AUGUUACUUGGCGGCGAGCGGUUGCUGUGGGUCGGAGGUAGAGUGGAGACUGUGGAGUCCAGCAGCGGUGGUAUGAGGUGUAUCUAUGAGUAUUGCUAUGGGGUAGAAGUAGGGAGGCAAGAUGCAGGAGACGGCAUGGCAGCUAAUAUAGGCCAGCCAUGUACCCCAACAAAGCAGAAGAGGCUGGCCAGCGGAGCGUUCCUGAGCCAGGCUAACAUGUCUCACCUAGCCUUUUCGCUCCAAAGUGAUUCUGUGGCGGCUCGCCCGCCCUCUGCCCUCUUAUGCGAUGAGCGUGUCACCCGGGUGGGUCGUAACGAUGCGCCGAAGUUGAGGAAAGCCGCGCCGGGACCGGGGAGGGCCGUCAGUGUGAUGUGGGGGAACUUUCGACCAUCUACAUCUUAUAACCAGUCCCACAGCGCAGCUCUCUGUCGCGCCUCCGGAUACGACCCUGCUACGAUGGGCAUGAUGCGCUGCCGAAGUAGCCUCAAAAUCGGACGCCAGUACCAGAUACUGGUGACGUUCCCCACUGUCCCCACCUCGGCGCGACAACAUCUCAUUACCGAGUCGACCCCACUCCACCGCCUACACCUUGCGCCCUCAGUCACUGGCGAGAGAGUCGGACGCAGCUGUCAAGGAGCAUGGAAGCCUCGUCUCUUUCCGGGAGGUGAAAUCUUCCCGCUGCACCGAGUCGGUAUGUCAUCGUCGCGAUCCCCCAAGUCGGCGACGGCGACGGGUUUCGAGCUGCUCAAGGUGGAGCCCGCGGACCCGGCGGGAGGCUUGCUGGCCCAGACUCUCACUUCCUAUACUGCCAACGGCGCCGGGAGGUCUCGGUAUGGUAAUGACCAAGUUCCAGCUGCUCCGAUGCUUCGGAUAUAUCAACAUCGUAUACUAGUGACCAGACUACUGCUGCGAUCAAGAUGGCUAUUAGCUGCUAGCGCUCUGCAGACCGAGACAAGACGGCCAAGCCGUCCGUCAGAGACCCGGCUGGGCGGAUAUGCCAAAAGUCAAGGCGUCGAAGGUCACGAUGCAAUGCGCAAUCGCUCCGCCCAGGAGAAGACACACCUCUCCACUCGUCAUUACUACUCGUGCUAUCUAGCAGGAGGAUUUCGAGUGGCUGCGGAGAGAAGCGCCCCAUCUCAAGAGCGGCCGAUCCAGAUAUUCGCCUUCCCCAUUCCCCAUCGUCCCGCUCUGCGCCUUCUGCGUCUUGAAACUACCCGCCUCGGCCGGAGCAAGGUAGCUCGGUUCGUACGCCUCGGCGAUGAGAUGCGAGCUGGAAUAGGAUGUCGAUUCGUUCUUGGCACGGGUAGAGGGAUGAGGGUGGUAGCCUCCGACUCGGGGGUCAUGGUGGCGGUGGAGAUCUGGCCGAUGUUGUCUGGUAUCCCGGCGGGCCGGAAUCAGGAGAGCGGAGAGCAGCAGGAAAGCGAGAGGGAGAAUAUCGGAGAGCAGAGAAAUCGGGGCUUACGCUUCGAUGGGUAUCCUACAAGAGGAUUGACGAGCGCGAUGCAUGCGGUGCUGCCAACUCGUAGACAAUGGGGAGACGAUGGGCAUGGGAGUAGAAAUGCGCAGCGGAGCCCUUGUUGGCCUCUGAUUACGCUGGUAGCUGAGGAGCAGGACUGGGUGGUCGAGAUAGAUGGGUGGGGAUGGUCCGAGGGAGCGGGAAAGCCCGCGAAAGAUAGGAGCUGA